GAGCCAGCAAAAUGCAAUUCUGACAAGGAUUGCUUACAGGGGCAAGCUAAAUGCAUUCGAAGAGAAUGUCACUGCGUCAACAAUCUUGCAUUUGGGGAUGGAAAAACUAAAUGUGAAGGUAAGUUUUAUUCAUCUACUCACAACAAAUCGGAGGCGAAAAUGUGCAGCUCACUGUCAUUUUAGUACACUUCGAAAAAAAGAUGAAAAUUUUUUUCCCCAUCAAAUUCUUUUUCUCGGGCAAGAAGAUUGCUAUCUCUGUCUUCGUAGUGGUUAAGAGGGUACAACCGGUUUCGUUACUUGUCGGAUUCGCUUCGUCUCAGUUCGCAACAAACUCGCUACAUAUUACUUUCUGUAAACGAUUGAAAAUAUUCCCUUGAUCGCUGUAGAAAAAAAUCUUUUAAUACAUCUCUCGUUCUUCUAAGCUUCCCCCUCCGAGGGUGAAAGUUUUGGGCUUAGCAGAUAGGCAGCGAGACGAAUACAGUAAAAACCCGCAACUAAGAACCUAAAAAUUAAGAACCUGUUAGCCUAAAAUUGGUCAUUUAUACCCCCUAUAAACAAGAACCUAUUUAGCCUAAGAAAUUUAAAACAGGUUCUUACUUUCUAAAAUCAUACUAGUACAUUACAUGCACAGCUGCAUUGCAAGAAUCAUAUUUGAAGAAAAAAAGCAGAUUGCCAUUGUUGUAAAAAUGUUUUUUCAAGAAAAAUGAGUGCAAGAUAUGUAGACUUACAAAGCAUACUAAGCAAUAUUUAGAUCAGCACACCAUUAUGCAUUAUUUUUUCUCCAGUGUUAAGAACCCAUUUUAAGAACCUCAAUAGCCUAAAAUUCUGUUAACUACCAUCUAUAUAAGAACCUGUUUAGGCUAACUCCUAAAAAUGUAGGUUCUUAGUUGCGGGUUUUUACUGUAUGUAGGUAGCGAACUCGAACGUGGCGAAUUUGACAGAUCAGCGAAACCGCUGUAAAGCGUUAAGAUGGUUCACAUGCACAGCUCAAUCCCGUCAUCCCAACUCAAAUUUUCCCUCAAUCCCGUAAACCCGAUGGUUAUUUUCGACUUUGUACAUCCCUUGCAUACUUUCAAUCCCGAAUCUGGACCCCAUUUUACUUAAAAUCCCGAAACCUGGACUUCAGAUGAGGCUCAUCCCGUAUCCAGAAAAACCUACUGUGACCCUCUGCUCAGGCCUUUGCACAGGGCGAAUAGACAAAAUAGGAAUUCGUUUUUCAGCUCUGACUUCAAAGAAAAAUACGCUAUCACAUGUAACGUAUUUGAAUCGUUUUCGCUCGCCCACAUUAAAACGCUAAAACGAUGGAAAUACCAUAACAUCCCUUAGAGAGCAUGCGCAAGCUGCUCUAGUAGUAUGUAUAAGAUCAUCGCAUUCGAAAAUCUCCGUUUUCGUCCGUCCACACCACCUAAAAGGGAAGCCGGCGUUUUAAAAAAAACUCCACCCUAAGGACCGUGUUUGAAAACUUGCGUUUUUGGUGCCCGAAAACUGAGAAGACUCACCGCCGUAGCCAGUAUGAGGCGAACCGAGGCACUCGCCUCGGUAAAAUUUUACCAAAUACUGUCGAUUUUUAUUUUUUUAUCAGACUGAUAAUAUUAGAAGAUUUCAUACGGCUGAUUUCGUACAACGGACCGUGUGUUCGCCUCGGUUGUAGUUUCUUCCUGGCUACGGCCCUGAGACUGUUUACGUAUGGAAUCGACAGAAGACUGAAACGGAUCGAAGAAAAAUCCCCGUUUUCGAAAAUAUCCGGAUAUGUGUGGAAAGUUUUAGGUAAAGCCUUCCUAUGACCAUGGCCACGGAAGCUUUUAGGUUGGACGAGCACUUUAUUUUCCUUUUAUGGUUUAGCAUUCAAUAACUUGCGAUAUAAGUUACAAUUCUAGUGAAGCAGUUUCGCCUCAAGGGGUUGAUUUGUCCACAGGAGACCUGUCAAUGAAUCAGGCUUUUAUUUGACUGCCCAUUAGUCCCUUGGACAGCCUCAAAUUCAACUCGAAGUCUCUCUUUUUUACAGCAUGGAAGACGUGUCCCUAUGAAAAAGACCCCUGUACUUCAAGUGGACAAGAAGUAAUGAAAAAUUCUCACUGUGUGAGGAAACCAGGAAAGCUAACGUUGUCCUGUAGGUGUGAUAAAGGAUAUUUUGGAAGACCAGUAUUACCAUCAUGUCUCAAGGAUGAUGGAGGUAAAAUAACCUCUCUAACGUGUUAAACAUAGUUUGAUAAUAUUUUUUCCAGGAGCUGAUUAUGCAACAGCAUUUUUGUUUUUGUCUGUCCAUACGUUCUUUGACGCAAUCAUUCAUUCGUUCAUUCGACGAUCGUCGGUCCAUCGUUCGUACGUUCGUGCGUUCGUUCGUUCAUUCAUUCGUUUUUCCAUUCAUUUUUUAUCCAUCCAUCAAUCCAUCUAUCCAUCCAUCUAUUCGUUCGUUCGUUCAUUUAACGUUCAAACAACUAGCGCUAGCAAUAAUGUUGUACCUGAAUUAAUCAAUCUGUCAAUUGCAAGUUCCAGUCAAAUAAUUGCACGGUCAACAGAUGAUCAAAAAAUUAAUAAUACAAAAAUCAAUCAGUCAUUUCACCGAAUGUGUUCGUUUGUAUCAAGUGUUAAUUUGUUAUGUCAUUUGUUUGUACACCCAACCAACCGAUCUCUAUGUACAUAAAAAAACUGACUUUAUAGAGGAAACACAAUUACUGGUAAACCAGACCAAUAGUUUCCAUGGUAGCCCACACGGUUAAGAAUCCAAUCUGGCCGGAUUCAAACCAGUUGGCUAUUCCGGAUUACAAUUCCAGCGCUCUAACCGCUCGGCUACUCUGCCUCACAUGUAUGUAUCCAAUCUUGUACAAAAAGAGUCCUCGCUAAAGGUACGAUAAAACGGGCAACAAAAAACAUGCAACUUGUUUUGCAUCACUGCUGCAAAACGAGUUGAAUAGCGAUGUUGCGCGUUUUACCACCCACAAAUCAAACCUGUCUUGCAACAAGUUAAAAGCUUUGAACGAGGGUAAUAAAAGGCGCAACAUCGCUUUACAACUCGUUUUGCAGCAAUGUUGCAGGACAAGUUGCAUUUGUUUUGCUCCCCGUUUUACUGAAGCUUAACCUAGUUUACUUUCGUUUCGUUUGUUUUCGUCUUGACAGCCGAUGCGCAUGGAAGAUAUCCUUGCUUGACUGACAAUAACUGUCCACAUUAUUCCAAGUGCAUUAAAAACAGGUGCACGUGCCGUUAUGAACUGAUUGGAAACGGAGAAACAUGCAAAGCUCGUAAGUAUGCCAUACUACUAGAUAUCCUAACUUAAGCUAUGUUCAUUCUAUACCGGAUAACUUUUGCGCCGGCACGAAAACCAUACCGGAUAAAGCUUCUGUUCACUCGCAAGAACGUUAAUUUUGGCGCGAUUUCUGCAACAGAGCAAAGCUGACCCACGCCUAGCCUUAAAGUGGAGCUUCACACCUGCUUCUGUGCCAUACUUUGGUGUAGGGUAGACAGGUAUUAGGACCGUUGCGGAAGUGAACAAGUAGGAGCGGGGACCAGAAUCUACUGAGACGAAGUAAAUAUUCAGGAACGAGGACUGGCAUUUAGUUCACCAAACCCUGCUCGGCCAACGGCACCGACACGAGGUUCAUUGUUUGUCAACCGACUUGUCCCAGUUCCGUGCCGUUGCUGUUCAUGAAAGCAAUUGAAAAAGUGAGGAAGGAUGGCAGGGCGAGGGGUAGACGGAGGGGUGGAGAGGAAAAGGAAAGUUUGCAUGUCAGCACCACGAAAAGAUAUCGGGUAUAGUGUGAACAUACCGUAAAAUUCCGAAAAUAAGCCCCUCCAGGUAUAAGCUCUUCCAAAUAUAAGCCCCCCAAAAUCGUGACGCAAAAAACCCUCCGUUAAGUCGCCCCUCCAAAUAUAAGCCCCCGGGGGCUUGUACUUGGAAAUUGCCCACAUACAAAGUAAAACAAAGCAAAAACGGUAAAUUUCCUUCCAACUAUAAGGCUAGCCCAAUCGAUUUCUAAACGCAAAUUUUCCUUUAUAGAUAAGCCCCUCUGAACUGGAAUAUAAGCCCCUCAAAAAGGGCCUUUGAAAAAUAUAAGCCCCGGGGUCAUUUUCGGAAUUUUACGGUACAUACUUAAACUGGCAAGCAUGUUAAAAAUGAUAAUGUAGAUGACAAUGAAUCACUUUCAAUUUUGUUAUAUAUCUGAAUUGUAAGCGCCACCAAUGUCCUGUACCAAAGACGAUGAUUGCCAUGCUGAUAAAGGAAAAUGCGUCUCUGGAAUGUGCUACUGUGAUGGAUUCUAUGUUGGAAAUGGCGUGCAGUGCAGAGGUGAGAACUGAAUAGAAUCUUUACUUUCAAAAGUUCAAAAUUAAGACCAAAGGAAGAGUUGAAAUGUUGGCAUCUAUUGAUUUGGGUAGGAUGUUAACUUGCUUACUUUCUUUUGCUUUCAUAACAGACGCCAAGCGUUGCCCGAAGGAUGUCAAAUGUGGAGCUCACUCGACCUGUAUGGUAGAUCCCCUGUUUCCAAAAACUCCGACCUGUAAGUGUGACGCGGGAUACAGAAAAAACACAAACGGAAAAUGCGUAGGUAAGUUGAUAGAAGAAAAAGACUGGUGGGAGAGGUAGCCUGCAGUGCAGGCGUUUUCUUUGAGCGCGCAAUUUACUCGGGAAAACGCCAUGUUGAAACUUCCCGAAGAGAGGAGGAGAUGGAAAUCCAAUCGAGGGUCCCUCCCCCCCCACCCCAACUACCCCUCUUUUGCCCUGCGUUUCACAUGAACAAAUAAGAGAGUGCUCGGGAGGGUGCCUUGCCAGACUGAAAGGGUUUAGCACCACAAGAUAGGUUUACUCGUGAGGAUCUUUUGUAAAAAUAUUAUGUGCUCAUUUUAAUUAACCUGGGAAAAAAACAAUCUUACCCCACCCUCCCCCUACCAGUUCUUCCGGGAUAAUGCAUUACGAUGCUAACCUUUGACCUUGACUCUGUUUUGAUCAGAGUGCGUAAAUAACACACACUGCAAUCACGUGCAAGAAACGUGCUAUAAGGGAAUUUGCAAGUGCAAAGAUGAGCUGAUAAAGGACGAGAAAACAUGCAAACCAGGUGAGAACUUUUCCCGGAUCGGUUAUCUCUUCGGAUUUUAAUUAGCUGAUUCGUAUCAUGUUUCAUUGCUGGUACACCUUCAGUACAAGGUACAGGGUUUUUGGCUAUGAUCAUAAACCCCCUUUUCUUUUAUCAGUCCCUUUCGGGAACAAGAGGAAAAAGGAAAAAAAACAACAACAACGACAACAUCUGAUGGCAAGUUACACGGUUGAUGUGCUUCUGACGUGUAUGUAACCUGCGAGCAAGCUUGGGAUAUCGUGACAAGUUAAGCGUGAGUGGCAACGCUCGGCUCGCUCGCACGCUCUCGCCCGGCUCGCUCGCUUCGCUCAGAUCACCAUUCGAAAUGGAGUGCUUGUCUAACAUGAAUCAUGUUAGAUAGUUACGGUGUCGUCUGUUUGAAAUUGGUUUUAUGUUUGUUUUAUUGCAAUGCAUAAAUCAGAGUAUAACCGUGCGCGCUGUUUCAAAAUAAAAAAAAAAAUAGAAGAUAAAUUAAAUUGAGAGGGGGGACGCAAAGGAUUGCAUGUAUUGUUAAGAACCAUAUAAGAUCAAGAAAUUCCUCAAUAAUAACUACCGAAUAGUGUCAGUGUCAGCUGGUUUUUAAUAUUAACAACGCUUUUAUAUGUAAUAAUUACAGCUCCUUUACACGGAUGCAGGAAAGACAUGGACUGUGAUUCUCGGGCAAAAUGCAAUGACGGUAAAUGCAUAUGUCAAGGAAAUACAACAGGAAAUGGAAAGUUCUGUAGAGGUAAUUCACCAUGGAAAGACUGGGUUCUAGCUUUUAGUGGUACUUACUGUAACAUAUUACUGAGUUCAUGUACCUGGUCACCGGCGUGCGUUACUGAGAUAUGAUUGGUUAUUAGUACUUCCAUCCGACAGCCAUCAAACGAGCACGCUGGCUCAACAUUGUUACCGAAACUUUCUCAGAAAUCUCAACUCAAAGGCUCUGUCUGCACUAAUGCGUUUCAAAAGUGUGCGUUUUCUUUGUCAUCGAAAACGCAUCGAUCGAUUUUCGCCCACAAUAAAAGGUUCGAAAAUGAUAGAACUGCGAUGCGCUUGCUAUAAACACACGCACCUGUGAUAUUUGUGGUCAUCGUUUUCAUUUUGUUUUGUUGCGUUUUCGACCGUCCACGCUAAUACGAUUUGUAUGCGUUUUCGUUUUGAUCCACUCUCUAGGGCGUUUUCAAAUCGAUGCGUUUUUGAUGAAAACGCUCUGCGUAUUAGUGUGGACGAAAGGCAAGGCACUGAAAUGUAUUAGCCUGCGAAAACAGCCGUUUCAACGGCGAAGAGCGGAGAGAAACGGCUGUUUUCGCAGGCUGAAAUGUAUUCGUUCAAGAGAGAAUAAAGCUCAAGAGCUUUAUCCUCUGUUGACACGUUUUCAAACGAAAACGCAUUAGUGUGCACCGGGCCUAAAAGCGUUCGUUCUCCAUUUCUCACCCUUUUCAUGUGAAUAAGGAUUAACAGUUCGAUAAAGAAACACGUACAACACAGUGGGAUCAUGAGAAUAACACUCCCACCCCCCCCCUACUUAAAAGCCUAAAAAAUUGUUUUAAAAUUUCAGAGACACUUGCAUGUCCUCAAGGAUUUCAGUGUGGCAUUCGUGGUACAUGCAUUGUUGAUCCUCUGAUUCCAAAAAGUGAUCCUAAGUGCAGAUGCGAGACAGGUUACAGCUACAUGAAAGAUGGAAAGUGUGUUGGUAAGUUGAAACGUUUUUAUGUAACCCUUAUUCCCUCCCAUGCAAAAACGCUCCCGGGCUGUUACGAUUUUAACCCGAGUUGUCUUAGCAGAUCACGAAUUAAUGUCUUGACCUUCUCGCUAAAGAUUCUUCUGUAUUUAAGUCGCUAUCCCGGCCGACCUAUUUUUAUCUCAUUUUCCAAUACCACUAGCUUCCUUAUUGCCUUAAAAUGUCUCUCUCAACACUUUGUAAGAAGGGUACGGCUCGUGACCUAAAAUUCCUCUCCAGUUAAUUAGGGUGUGGGGAUUUGUAUUUUGGUGAAAACAGGUAACGUCAGGCUUAACUUGUCUCUGACUAUUCAACAGAGUGCCUUAGUGAUAAGAAUUGUCCAAAAUAUUCCACAUGUGAUCGUGCACGUGGACUCUGCAAGUGCAAGGAUGAGCUAAUAAAACAAGGAAAAACUUGCAAACCAGGUUAGGAAGAUUAGGUUUUGUUUUACGUCAUCAUAACUUAUAACAUUAGACAAUGGAAGCGAAAAGUAAACAAUUUUCGUCGACCAUGUUUAUUUUCAUCUCUUUUGCACUCGAAUAGUUUCGCAUUUGGUUGUCCCAAGAUGCAAACUUUCCUUUUUCUCCCCACCCCUCCGUCUACCCGUCGCCUGCCCAUCCUUCCUCACUUUUUCAAUUGCUUUCAUGAUGGAGGCCACGGUCAAAGUACUCCAGAAGCUUCCUCUAGAUAUCAAAAACACCGAACGAUAUACUAAACUCGCGGGCAUGGGGUCGAGCUGAGAACGUGCUUGAAGCGGCCAGGGGUAAUGGGAAGGCACAAGAGCAACUAUCACCCCUCACGUUCCACUAUCACGCAAAUCGACAAUGAAGUCGACUGGGGACAAUCAAUCAAUCAAUCCAUUAAAUUUUUAACCUCGUAACACCUAGGAGCUCAUACGUGCUCGUAAAGGUGUAAGUGUAAAAAAAAUAAACGAUAAAGAAUAAAAACAAUCAAUAAAAACCGAUCAAGUAAUUACGAGCAAUCUUAAGUAAUGCGCUAAAAAUGAUAUUUACAGGUAAUAUUUACAGAUAAAAAUAUAAAAAAGAUAAAAUUUAAAAUCCUUAUAAAACUUUAAACGCUUUUAGACAUGAAGGCUUCAAGAGAUCGCUUAAAUUAAAGUUCUAAUUUUUUUGGAUUCUCUGAUCACUGGCGUUAAACUAUUCCACAGUUUGCUAGCUAAAAAAAGUAAAAACAUUUAUGCAUACAUUCUAGAUAAGUUAGCGACCAGUUAGCUUUUCGGCAAUAGGAGACAAUAAUCUAUCCCAGCCCUUAUUUAAUCUAUUCUUCCCUAGCCCCCGCCCGUGCACAUGAUUAAAUGUAAAAUAAGUUUUUAUUACUUUCCAAGCACCAUUUCAUCUGUGUGACGAAGAGCACAAAUGCCACGAGCAAGCAGAAUGCUUUUAUGGAAAAUGUUACUGUAAAGGAAACCUCACUGGGAAUGGAAGAUUCUGCAGAGGUAAGAAUAUUAAACAAAUGAUUUACAACCGAUGGAAUUCCAAGAUUUGCAUAACUCUAGAUCUUUGGGCUGAUAGUAAACAAAGCCACAUCUGUUUGUUCAGGAGAGUCAUAUAGGAUCUUUCCCUUAACACAUGCAUAUGCAGCCACCAUACCGAGAGAGAAGCCCUGUGAAAUGGGCGGGAUCCGCGGAGAUGUCCGUCCUCUUAUCUAGGAGCAGCUUUUAUAGGGGUUUAGACUGUUGAUUUUGGUAUCAAGUAGGGUGUCCGAAAGGCAAUGACAACUUUGUUUUCCAUACUGGUAUCGUUAAGGGAUGUCCGUGAAGAAACAACAAAGGCAAAAACAAGGAAGGAAUAUAAAAACUUUUCUGCCGUAUGCUCUCGGAAAUCCCACAACAACUAUUUUUUAUUCAUAAUUCGCCAAACGCAGAUUUCAAUAAAAAAUACCAGUGAUGACAAAUGAAACCUCUUUAGUUCUCUCUGAACUGUCCAACCAUUCGCUUUAUAUAAACUUAUAUAUGUUUUUUAAAAUAAACGCGAGAGGUAAGAUUAAACUAUUUUUUAUUUGCCUGCCAGUAAUCUCAAAAUAACUGCCAUAACAAGGUAUUGCACAAAACGCUUAACAUUAUCAGCAUUAUUACCGUCUGUGCUUGCUCGUUAAUUGUAAUGUCUAAGAAAAUAAUCGCUUAAAUUUUUCUACAGAUUCUCUACAAUGCCCCGACGAUUAUCAAUGCGGAAACAAUUCUAUCUGUGUUGUCGAUCCUCUGUUUCCUAAAACUCCAGAUUGUAAAUGUUUAAAGGGUUUUAAAAUGUCUUUUGACGGAAAAUGUGAAGGUACGUUAUAAUUAACUAUCAGACAACAUGGAUCGAUAGAUCUUCUAGCUUGUUCGAGACCUUCUGUCUACCGUUAUAAGUUAAUUCUAGUUUGUUGAGCAAGCCAUGCAAAUUUGUCUCUGCCAUCUAAAAUCACCAAACUGAAAAAUGUUUUCGUCCACCAAUAAGGAGAUUGCAGCCACGGUUUUAUAUUAACUAAAAGCUUGUCUGUUCCAGGAAUUCAGAUAGUAGGGCGUGACGUUCAGAUGGUGGGGCGAGUUAAAUCAUACGCGGGGAAAACGAAGCCGGGAAAAAACGAGGGAAAAGCUGAGACAGAAAAACAGAAAUUAGCAUGGAACGCGGUAAAAACGUAUGAUAGCGGGCUCGUGUGAUAUAGAUGGAUUGGAAUGAAAGAGUAAUACCCCUGGUUCCUUUAAAAUUUUGACGAUUUAUUUUUAAAUUCAACUGAAUUUCUUCUUAAUUCUACAGAAAUAAGCGAAUGUUUCAAGAAAGGACUGUUGUGCCCGAAUAAGACUACGUGUACCAAAACUGGAAAUGAAUCAUACGACUGCGUCUGCAAUAAAGGUUUCCAUAUGGUCCACGGUCUAAACUACACUUGUGAAGGUGAGGUAUUCACUAUAAUGACCUUUACGGGGAGGCUCCGCACGAAAGGGGUACCUUUUUCAGGCUUUGGGUCAGUAUCAAAGGAUAGGGAAUUCACGAAUUGAAGUAUAUGGAUGGGUAGGAUAAUCUAUGCUUAAGUACGUAUUGAAAAUGGUAAGGGGUAAGGGUUGAGACCUCGGGGCGGAGCCUGUCCGUGUAAAACUUUGUUGAGCACCUUCCCCUCCGAGGAAUACGGAGAGAAAACGACUGGGCGAAACUGUCGAACACAUGCUGCGGGAAGUUGCCGUUCAGUGAGUAGACGUAGAAUUACGUAAAUCUAAACCGCGAUCAGGGGUUUUAGUCUAGUCACCUUGUAUUUCUCUUUGCCAAUCUAUCAAAAGCACCUUUAGCAUAUGCGUUGAAGUAAGACUUUUGACAAGCCUCGUUUCCAUGCUGUGUAGUAAACAAGGAACUCGGAAAGGUCUCCGAUCCUCUCAAUUAAUCCCGUUUUUAAGCAACUGCCCCUGCUAGGACUUUUUGGGACUUUUGAUAUGUUACUAAGAACAUUUCUCUCAGUCUAGAACAGUUGGAAUACUUCUUUCGCAAUUAUAGUUCUAGGUUCACCUACUUUUUUCCACAAAAUGACUGGACUAUUUGAAAGUUUCGCUCGUAUAUGUUAUGAUUAGGAUGUGUCAAUUGUUAUACACAGACAUUGAUGAAUGCAAGCAUGCCAACACUUGCCUGGCGAAUUCCCAGUGUAAAAACACAGAAGGCAGCUAUGAUUGCAUUUGCAAAACUGGAUUUAAAAAAAGCAAGACCGGCAGAUGCGUCGGUAAGUAUCCCACUGUGUUCUCGUUGAUGCUGUACUGUCACGUUGUGGCGUUCAAUGACUGACAGAUUGGCUGGAAGUAAAUGGGGGACGCUUUUUCUUGUGCGAGGAGCGAGGAGGGCGAGACACAGAGGCGUGUCACGUGCCUUCACUCGUGGCGCGUGUCUAGCGCUCCACGCCCGCUUCGUACUUCGUUCGUUUGUAAAAACGCGCGAAAAAAGUAAUUAUAGUGCCUGUUCUGCAGGUUGGUACCCAGCUUCCUCAGGAAGCCGAAUGAGGCCGACACUGUGCGGUGUCAACCUCGUUCACACGGAGUGUAAAGAGAGUAGAAACGCGGGAAAGAGUUGAGUAUAGUGACUAAUUUUAAGCAAAAUAAGAAAGAAAAAACCGGAAUGAGUGAGCAGAGAGGGCUUGUCUCCUGGAUUCGGUUUAACCACAUCCCUGACGUUAAUUGUAAACAAUACAGAUCAUAUCGUCCCAUAGACGUAACCGCUAUAGAAGAGCUAAAAAAGCGACCCAAAUUUCUUGAUGACAAUGGCGGCUACAGCUUAAAGACUUAAUACCAUAGAGAAGAGUAUAUGGCGACCAUGCACGUCUGCAUUGCUCUGUAUUGCCCUAAAAUCAACCCCAGUCAAACGGAAAUAAAACAGCAACAACUACAAAACAAAAUACAAAGUAGUAAAAACUAUGGAAUUAGCAUGUUGUCUGAGCGAAUGAUAUCACUCAAAUAUUUCAGAAAAUUGCAAUUGUACAAGUCACGCGGAUUGCCAUCACGGAAAGUGCCAAUGUACUAAAGGAUACGAAAUGAAUGAAGAAGGGCAUUGUGUACAACGUAAGUAAAAACUAAUACAUUAUUACAGCUGUUUCGGAUCUGAACACACGACCUGCAAUGUCAAAAGCGUCUUUGCAUUUUGUGUUUUUCUGCGACGUCAAGCAAAAUUUAGAGCCGGCCUCGGCGCCUAAGUUUUUGCGUUCUGCGUCUUGUCGAUCGGGACUAUUUGUAAUUUGAUGUUCAAUGGUGUGAUGUAAACUUUUCGCGUUUUUGCUUUCAAAUUUUUUUAAUCUUCUUUAUGAAACAAGCAAGUUUAGACUCCCAAGGUGAAGAAGAUUGCGAAAUUGUUCCUAUAAAGCCUCCAAAUCCAGAAGAAACACAGAUAUGGGAGGGUAAAAACGAAUCGGUACGUUCCCUCCAACACUUAGUUUUGCAGCUUCUUCUCGUUAUUACCGCCUUUAUUUGAGAAACAAGGAUUGGAUGCUAUGGUAACGGUUUGAUUGACGUCGAAGAAAAACCCACAAUCCACCAAGCGUGGAAUCAUGUUAACGUUGGAUCAAUUUUCGUUUCUGGGAAUCUGCCCACCUACCCCUACCCUAACCCAACAUUUUGCCCUAGGUGAGACGCAAAUGUUAACGUUGAGUUAAGGGAGGUGUAGGUGGGCAGUUUCCCAGAAACCUAAAUUAAUCAUUAACGUUUGUCCUUUUUGUCACAGUUUCAGCUCCUCGGACAAGUCAUCAAAGGCAACCAGGACAGUGGGAAGUGGGAACUAAUUUAUCUCCAUCCUCUUGUGUGACAAGUCACGUGAUCAUUCUUAUUAUGCCUCUACUUUGUUUCAAAGUCUUUGCGCUAUGA